AAAAGGCAAAGCGACCGACUCCAAGCUUUUCCCCAACCAUGAACACAACUUGCGACUUUGCAGUUUCUGCUCAAAUCACAACAAAGCAGAAGCAGCCGGCGGCUCACUGACAGAGUGAAUAACUUCUAGCGGCGAAUUCAAGCGGAAAAUUUCUCGCUCGUCAGCCAUUUUGAGAUUCGACCGAUCCGCGGCAGACCGCCAAUCAACCACAACCAACAGUUGCUGAUUCCAUCCACCACAUUCUAGCAUCCAUCGAGUCGCGACUUCAGAUCUUCCAUCUAACCAGCUCCGCCGGCCAUCAGAGUUUCCUCUGAAUCUUUUUCUUUCCAUUUCAGUUGAUAUAGUAGGCAAAUCUGCGGAUGGGAUUUGGCUUGUGAUUGCAGGGGAGAAUUUGCGGAGGAGCAUCGCGCGUGAGGCCUGCAGGGUAGCUGGGGAACGGAGCGAUAUUAUUUCCUGCUCUCCUCUACUAGUCAUCAUCAUCUUCUCUCCAAGCAAUCCAUUGCAGCAGAACAGCGAUAUCUCUACUACUUGUUGAGCAUCACUGGAUUGACUUGUUGAUUGCCCCUUCACACGUUUCACACCCAUCAUGGAAGACCACGGCGAUGAAGUGGCGGCCGAUUUCCGUGAGGCGCUCCAGGACUUGACCACCAAUGCUCGCUUUGAAAUCGUCACAUUGACCAACAUCGCCCGAGAGAACGCCGACCAUGGUCUGGCCAUUUCAGAGGUCCUCACAAAUCACAUCAAAGAGGCACCCGCCUCCAAAACCCUACCCGCCCUCUACGUCCUGGACUCGAUCGUGAAGAAUGUUCCGACUCCCUACGCCCUAUAUUUCGGCCCCAAGCUCUAUCAAAUCUUCAUGGGUUCCUACACCAAAGUCGAUAACGCGACACGGAGAAAGAUGGACGAAAUGCUGAAGACAUGGAAGGAACCUGUAGCCGGGUCCAUCUCCAAGAAACCGGUCUUCCCACUUGAAUUGGUCCGACCCAUUGAGAACGCUCUACUGGCUGCCCGCAAUGCCUACAUGGAGCAAGCCAAAUUCCAGACCCAUCUCAUGCGAGGGCGUCCGGCCGGCCCGCCUGCCAGAGAUACGCCGACACCUCCUAUGGGCAGAGCUUACCAACCACCACCACCACCACCACCACAUGGACAGCCGCCAUAUCAGGGACCACCUAAUGGACAGUACCCGCCGCCUGGAGAACAGGCCUAUCCCAUGCGCUCCGGGAACACACCCAAUGGCGUCCCUAACCGUGCUACGCCACCGCAGCCUGCUCCAUCAGCCGGGCCAUAUGCUCACUACCAGCCACCUCCCAACCAAGGUCCCUAUGGUGUUCCUCCAGCUCCAGGAAUAAACAUAGACAAGUUGAAAGAUGAUAUCCAGCAGUUGAUCGAGCUGGACAGGGCGGGUUUUGCCCAGAACAUGCAUGAUGCUAGUAAACAAAACAGACUGAAGGCUUUGCUGGAUUUGCAAAAAGUAGUCCAGAGCCAAAACCUGCCUCAGGAGCAGUUGAUGAUCAUAAGCGAUCAAGUUGCUAAACUUGCUGUAAACAUGCGCGCUGCCCAGGCGCAGCCACCGCCAUCAUAUCCUCCUGCUCUGCCACCACCAUACAACUCGCACACCCCAACACCUCCUGUUGUAACUCAACAGUUUGCACCUCCCCCAGUUGUUGCCGCUGCUCCUCCACCUUCUGUACUGCCCCAAUUACCAGCGGUACUAGCGGCGGCUCUGGGACGUCCGGCAUCAAAUGUUGCUCCCGUGCCCGUGGCAGCGGCACCACCACCACCAGUCCGUCCGGCAACCACCGCAGGAGGUGCCGCUCCGGGAACACUAUCUCUCGAUGCGAUUCUUGGCCAGGGCGCUCUGGCUGCGCUUUUGGCGGCCAAGAAACCUGCCACCCCUCAACAGUCAUCUACUGCGCCGGUUCCGCCGGCGGCGGCUGUACCACCUGCUUUGGCCGCGCUGCGAUCACCACCGCAACAAGCAGCUCCAUUUCAACCACCACCAGCACCACCAGUUGCUCAACAACAACCGCCCGCUGCGGCAGCCAACCCGUUGACACAGAACCCAUCGGCUUUAUUGGCUAUGCUACGGCAGUCCGGCCUUCUCGGCGGCACCCCCGGCGUACCUACACCACCACCCGCCAUCCCAUCUCUCCCACCCCCGGAUCCGAACAUCAUAACUCUCACCCCUGCCUCUCUCAAAUUCCCCCGCCUGCAUCUGUUGCCUUAUCUCCUCGAUCACCUCGGCCCCCCCUGCUCCCAGUGCGGCCGCCGCUUCCCCACCACGGAAGAGGGCAGAAAGAAGAAGACGCAGCACAUGGACUGGCACUUUCGUGUUCAUCAGCGUGUUGCUGAGGCUGAGCAAAGGGGUCAGCACCGGUCGCAGUUUGUGAGCGAGCUUGAUUGGAUUCAGAGUCACGAGGAGCCGGAUGUGGAUUAUAACGCCCCCAGCGGCGGGGGCGGGUCAGGAGACGGGGAUGGGAGCGAGAGUGAUGAUAAUGAUUGGUCUGCUGCGGUAAAAGGGGGGAGGAGGAAGAAGAACGAGAAGAAGAAGAGGUGGAUCACCGCGCCUGAUGAGGGGGAUGGGACGGGGACGGGGACGAACAAGGUCUGCCCGAUCUGCCAGGAGAAAUUCCAGAGUAGGUAUCUGGAGGAGGUGCAGGAUUGGGUUUGGAUGGAUGCGGUUGUUGUUGGAUCUGGGCAGGGGAGGAGGGUGUUUCAUGGGACUUGUUGGGAUGAGGUUAAUACUGGUGGGGAGGGGGAGGGCAGGGGCAGGGGACAAUGGUGA